AUGGCAACUAGUUAUUCAUCAAUAUCGCAACGAGAACGUAAUACUCAAGCAUUUUUUCCAAAUUCGGCAACACAUGCUGAUCAAUGUCGUUUUGUUUGUAUUUAUCCGGCUUAUAUAAAUGCAAAAAAAACACGAGCACAAGGUCGUCGUGUUGGCAAAUCAAAAGCUGUCGACAAUCCAUCGGUUAAUGAAAUACGUGAUAUUUUAGAGAAUGCUGGUUUAAAAGCUAUUGUAGAAUCGAAUCGUUUAUAUUGUCGAGAAGAAUCACGUGAACCGCAAUAUCGUGGUCGUGUUCGUGUGCAAUUAAAAAAUGCUGAUGAAUCAUUAGUUAAAGAACAAUUUAAAACAAAAGAUGAUUUAUUAUUUUAUCUUGUUGAAAUGAUACCAAAAUUAAAAACACGUAGUGGAAAUCAACAACAGCAACAACAAAAUCAACAAGGUGGAGGCAAGGGCAAAAAACGUUAG